AAAAAAAAAAAGGGAAGAACCAACCGACUGUAGCAACUUCUUCUAUCGUACACAUGGAUGGUUAGGGUCCUAGGAAGGGCGUUGCAGUACUUGGAGCCAUGAUCCGUGAGUUGCUUCACUUUUUCUCAGUUGUCAUCUAAUCUCAUACUAGUCUUGCCGAAUUUGGGACAAAAUGUGGAAUAGAGAAAUUGUUAGGAGAUUGGAUUUGAAAAGAGGGAUAGGGAAAGGGAUAUUCGGAAGAUGGAUGUCGAAUCAGGCGUCAAGAAAAAGGUUCGCGGCUGUGUGGGGGAAUGGAGACUACGGGAGGCUUGGGCUUGGAGGCUUGGAAUCUCAGUGGAGGCCUGCUAUCUGCUCUGCGUUCCGCGACCAAAGCCUUAGGGCCAUCUCUUGUGGCGGUGCUCACACCCUCUUCUUAACAGAACCUGGGAGCGUUUUUGCCACCGGUCUUAAUGAUUUUGGACAGCUUGGCAUAUCAGAUAAUAAAAUUUAUACUACUGAGCCAAUUGAAGUUUCUGGGCUUCAGAAAAAAAUUGUGCAAAUUUCUACUGGUUAUCAUCACUCUUGUGCUAUUACAGUGGAUGGAGAACUAUAUAUCUGGGGGAAAAACUCCAAUGGGCAACUUGGCCUUGGAAAAAGGGCAGCCAAAGUAGUUCCUCUGCCAACUAAAGUAGAAUGCUUGAAUGGAGUUACCAUUAAGAUGGCUGCUCUGGGUUCAGAGCAUUCAGUGGCUGUUACUGAUGGCGGUGAGGCUUUAAGUUGGGGGUUAGGAGACUCUGGAAGACUUGGGCAUGGCCAUGAGUCGAGCAUGUUAGGGUUCUUCAAAAACACCAGUGAAUACACACCAAGGCUUAUCAAGAAUCUUGAGGGGAUUAAGGUUAAAAAUGUAGCUGCUGGGUUGCUGCAUUCAGCAUGCAUUGAUGAAAAUGGCUGUGUGUUUAUCUUUGGUGAAAGAGCAGUAGAUAAAGUGGUAAAUCACAGAGGAUUUGCAGAGGUGGAAAAUGCAACAUGUUCCAUGAUUAGCAAACUGCCGUAUUCAGAAGAAGUUGCAUGUGGUGGCUAUCACACGUGUGUCCUGACAAGAAGUGGGGAAAUCUACACUUGGGGCUCAAAUGAGAAUGGCUGUCUUGGUAUUGGUUCUAUGGAUGUAUUUCAUCUCCCUGAAAGAGUUGAAGGUCCUUUCUUGAAGUCUCCUGUUAGCAAGGUUUCUUGUGGUUGGAAGCACACCGCAGCUAUUUCUGAAGGCAAAAUUUUCACAUGGGGUUGGGGUGGUUCUCAUGGAACAUUUUCUGAAGAUGGACAUUCAUCUGGCGGACAAUUGGGUCAUGGAAGUGAUGUCGACUACAUAAAACCUACAAUGGUCACGUUCGGAAAGAAUGUGAGAGCCUUGCAAAUAUCAUGCGGCUUUAAUCACACAGGUGCCAUUCUUGAAUACACCUAAUCAAGCUUUUUAUACCUGGAUCUCAGCUACACGACAUGUACCUCACAUUCAUUGCACAGAAGCGGUUCCGACAUUUCCGAUUGCCCGAUCGCACUCAUGCCUUCAUUCAUCAUAUAAUCACUAUGUCGUUCAUCACCCUAUUAGCAACCAUGCAAGUUUAAGCUCAAGGGUUAUGUAACUUCCAAAUUCCAAGAAUAAUUCAAUUUCAAAAAACCAAUGUAUACAAGUACAUGCGAUAAAAGGUCCAACCAUACGAAAAAGAAAAAUGUCUUUAAGCUUAUAUGCUUAGUUAAUGAAAAAUAGAAAAAAGAUUAGAAAUAUUUAGGAGAGAAAA